AUGGACCUUUCUGAAACGCCCAUAGCAGAUCAACCAUCGAACGAGGGCGCUAAUCGUGCUCACAGACGCAGCUACGGGAAUCGAAGAAUGGAAGAUGAUAAGAGAAGUCGCAGAAUGAUACCCACCACUUUCACAGCAGAACAAGCAUCAGCGAUACAACAGCUAAUGAAAUUUUUUCCACAUCUGCGAGAGCAGCUGGAAACAGCGACGUUCAAAACGAUAGACUGGGACGAUGAUGAUGAGCACGUGCAUCUGACAUAUGAAAUCGGAGGGACACCAUUUGCGCACAACGACCAACUCUGCAGCCGCCAAGGACUAAUAACUCCAGCAGGCACGGAAAAGUUAAUUUCAGGUUUGCAGUAUUUCUACAAUGCCCCGAUUGAAAGCCGACUUGAGAACGUCCAACCGAUAGCGCGAUGA